AUGCAACAACUUCAAGACCUCCCCAAAGCAUCUCAUUUCACAUCCUCGAUCGAUGUUGACCCCUAUUCAAUUGACUUUGGUCUCACUUCCCUCCCACCUCCUGCUUCGCCCACUGAUCAAACUGCGUUUUCGACCUUUAUGGUUGAGGUCAGACAUCGUUUGAGCAGAUUAGAAUCUGCCCAUGCUAAAGUUGCGCAGUUGAAAACAGCCCUGGCUGAAUCAGAGGCUGCUAGAGACGCCCUUGCGGCUCAAUUGGCAGCUAUCAACGCUCAAUCCACCACCAAUAAUGUCGCUCCCACCACCAUAGAUGUUGUAUCAUCGGACACUCCAACACCACCAUCAACAACAUUUGCCUCCAAGUCUACCCCCAGCUACUCCCAAUCUCAAGUUACAACGCAACCAUCUUUCGCUCUCGUUGCAUCCAAGAAAUCUGGUAAGAAACGCAAGAAUAAACCUGCUUCACCACCUCCUCCGUCUGCCACCAAGGCAUCCGCUACUCUUGCUCGUCUUUUUGCUCCCCAAAGUGAUAUACCAUCUGGUUAUCAAUUUAUUUACUUUGCUACUCCUGUCCGCCGUCGUCUUUCUGAGCUGCGUCGCCUUGUACAAGGCGUAGGAUUGAAUAACUCUCGUGUGCUGGAUAUUCAAUAUCCUGUACAGAAUGUGAUUUCUUUUCUUGUUCAUAAUGACUACGUACUCACCCUUACCAAAGCCAUGCAUCUACAUGGUCGUGGCUGCUCUCCGUUGAUUGACUUUGAUCCAUGUGAUCCAGUCAAUCUCAAAGAUCCCAAAUUUGCUUCUCUCUCUCCUGAUCUGCGUAUCCAAAAGGCCCUCGAGGUCGAAAACCUUCGCUGUCUUCGUUCGCUGUCUUUUGUCCGUCGCUCUGUCCGUAUUUCUGUUGCCCGUUCUCUUCUCUUGUAUGAUCGCAUCAACCAAGCCCAAUUUGAUGCCAUUUUGAAAGAAGAAAUGCUUGCUUGUUCCUCCUCCUCUGCUGCUGCUAAACCACCAUCCCGAUCCUCUGAUCAAGAGCGUUUAGCCAAGAAACAACGUCUAAGUUAUCUUGGCUACCUCUUGCAUCAUGAUGCUGAAACUGCCUCUCUCUUGGCUUAUGCUGUCUUUCCAACUCUCUCUGCUACUACCAAGGAUUUUGAAAUGUCAAAGUCUUCUGAUAGCUGA